CAGGUCGAUUGCUGAGUUACGAAGUCAUUCAUAGUGUCCGUCAAGCAGCAACAUGAAAGUACGAUCGUCCGUUUUUGCCUCGUUUAUUUUGAUAUGCGAAGGGAUUGGAAUCGCCCUGUUUCUGCGGGGGUUUUUCCCUGUACCUGUGAAGUCUUCAGUCUCCUCCAAGAACAAGCUGUCAGACCUUCCUGCAGAGCCGCUGACAGGAAGCGCCCCCAACUCCUCCCGCCUCCCCCAGCCUCUCUUUAAGAGGGUGGUCGUCAUGUUGAUCGAUGCCCUGCGUCAGGACUUUGUGUUUGGCCCCGAUGGUCGCAGAUAUAUGCCCUACACCAGACACAUGGUGGAAAGAGGCUCAUCUCUCAGCUUUGUGGCUAAAGCAAGACCUCCAACAGUCACCAUGCCCAGGAUAAAGGCUCUCACCACUGGCAGCAUCCCUGGCUUCAUUGACGUCGUAAUGAACCUAAAUUCUCCUGCGCUGCUGGAAGACAACCUCAUUUGGCAGGCAAAGACGGCAGGGAAGAGAAUGGUGUUCUACGGAGAUGAUACCUGGGUGCGCCUCUUUCCCAAACACUUCAUGGAGUACGAUGGCACAACGUCCUUCUUUGUUUCUGAUUACACUGAGGUUGACAACAAUGUGACCCGUCACUUGGAUGGCACCCUCAAAAGAGAUGACUGGGACAUUUUGAUCCUUCACUACCUAGGCCUUGACCACAUCGGUCAUAUCAGUGGACCCCACAGUUCCCUCAUCCAGCCUAAACUGCUCGAGAUGGAUGACAUCCUCAAGAAGAUUCACAGUGCUCUCAUUUCAAAGGAGGCAGACGGAUCCCUGCCCUACCUGCUGGUGCUGUGUGGAGACCAUGGCAUGUCUGAGACCGGCAGCCACGGAGGUUCCUCAGAGCCAGAAGUCAAUACGCCCCUGGUGCUCAUAAGUCCAGCCUUCAAAAGAAAAGGUGGAAUGGAGACGCCUGGAGAGGUGGAGCAGGUGGACCUGACGGCGACCCUUGCCCUUGGACUCGGCCUUCCCAUAUCUCAAAACAACGUGGGUCACGUCAUCCCUGGUGUUUUUGAGGAAACCACCCUACGUGACCAGCUACGCUUCCUGCAUCUCAAUGGUCACCAGCUCAGCUGCCUGCUCAAAGAUAGCAUGUCAGGCUAUGACAAAGAGGUCGGCUUUGAGCAGUUCCGUGUGGCAGAAAAGGCUCAUGGGAACUGGAUGAAGCUUUACCUGGAGGGCAACAACUCUGAAGUGCUGUCCAACAUAGGAAAGAAGGUCUUAAAGCAGUAUCUGGAGGCCCUUGCAGCCAUGAGCUCAGCCCUCAGCAAACAGCUGGGCAAGUACGACAUGUACUCCAUGAUCGCAGGCAUGGUGUUUGUGUUUCAGCUCCUGUUAGUCUUACUGCUGGCUAUGCCGGAAGCUCUCAGUGGUGAAGCAGCAGUAGACGUCCCCGUCCUCUCAUCCCUGCUCUCUCUGCCUUUCUACCUCUUGUGCCUGCUACUCGCCUCAGUACACGUCUUAGUGUGCACAUCCACUGAGAGCUCCUGUUACUUCUGCAGCCUCUCCUGGGGUCUAGUGUUUGCUGCUGUUGCCUUCUCCUCAGCAAUGUUUUGUACUCUGGUCUCUAUGGCAACAAGGCAUCUUACCCCAGGAACAAGCAUUAACAGGAAGUUGCCCUUCAGGAGCAAAGAGUGGUCACUGUCAGAACUCGAUGCUUUACUGCUGGCCGGCACAGUCGGACACACCCUUAGUCUGGCGGCCAGCAGCUUCGUGGAAGAGGAGCACCAAACCUGGUACUUUUUGCUCAACACCCUCUGCCUCGCAGUCUUCCAGGAUGUCUGCCGCAAAUACUUCAGAGAGCAGAGAGACACUUCGGACGAAGACGAGCAUAUCCUCCUUUCUAAAGAUUGUCACUCGUCUGUUCACCAAAAAGCAGACAUUUGCUCAGAGAAAUGGCUAGCAUUAGCCACGCCCCCUUUCACUCUGAUCUGCUGCAGACUGAUGCGCUCCCUCAACCAGACUGGAGUACAGUGGGCUCAUCUUCCUGACAUGGGACAUUGGCUAAACAGCUCCGAACACAGGACAGUACUGUCUUUGCUGGCUGCAUUCUGUUUGGUUCUUAUCUACCUCCUGGUUCAAAGACGGUGCUCAUGGGUGUCCAAGGCUGCCCUCGCCCUCGGACUUGUGGGUGUCUACAGCUACCGUGCAGCUGUUGGCAAUGUCAUGUUUCCCUGGCAACACGCUGGUCGACCUAUGUCCAAGGGAACAGUGGAGGCACGCUUUGUUUACGUGUUUGUUUUGGGCAUCCUCUUCUCCGGCACCAAGGACCUGUUGCGUUCCCAGAUUAUCACCGCUGAUGCCAAGUUGAAGAGCAGGGGAUUGUGGGAGCUCUACAGUGGCUUGGUUUUGUUGGUGUCACUGUUGUUUCGUGCCCACAACUUGCCCGUCCUGUGCUGCUGCCUGUUGGUCCAGACGCUCAUGGCUCAGUUUAUCUGGAAGAAACUCCACUAUGAUGCAGCCCAAACCACCAUCAUGCAUUAUUGGUUCGGUCAGGCAUUCUUUUACUUUCAGGGGAAUUCGAACAACAUUGCCACCAUCGACAUUUCCGUUGGGUUUGUCGGGCUGGAAAGUUACAUAGAAGCACCUGCCAUCUUCUUAACAGCCCUUAGCACUUACGCAGGGCCCCUGCUAUGGGCCUGUCAUCUCGUCUGCUACCUGAGCUCAGAGAGAGAAAGGAGUCCGGUUGCAGUUGGCCAUGGCUGCUACUGCUUAGCCCUGCUAAGGUCUGUGCCAGCAGCAGCCUACAUUGUUCUGGUCACUGUCCUGCGGUACCAUCUCUUCAUAUGGAGUGUCUUUUCACCAAAAUUACUGUACGAGUCCAUGCACGUAAUGCUGACUGCAGGAGUCUGCCUCUUCUUCUACACAAUGGAGCAAAGCCCCAGUCCCAGUAAGUCUUAAGGAGCCGAAGACUUCAGAAAUCCCCUGCUAUGAAAGGAUUGGACAGUUUACUGUGUGAAGGACUGUCAGACUGAUACACAGGACAACAUGCUUACCCUCACUUAUUAUCUUUACAAUCUGUUAAUAUGUGAGAAGUUGCUUUUGAAAGGGUCCUCCUUUUGCACUCUGUUUGGUUUUCCAAAAAAAGAGAGAUGGAAAUGAGAAUGUACUUCUGUAGUCUUUUCAGAUAUUUGCUUCUCUCUGGGGACAAACAUUAUUCUGGUGAAUGAAUGUGAAAUGGCGUAAAGAAGCUUUUUGACAGAGUAACUUUUGAACAAAUUGUAUAUUACCUCAGGAGCAGACUACAGUUGAAUACUGUGCUGCUGAAACAAUAAUGCAGAGCUACAUCUAUAUUUUGGCUAUAAGUGACUAAUAUUUAUGUUUCAAAAUGUGUGUUUGCAAAUUGGUGAAGUUCCAGUACUCAGAGCUUUUGAUAACACAUAAGUAAAGACUUACAACCUUCAGGUGCUUUCAGUUAUUCUGUCUGAUUCAAGUGUUUGUUGGAGUUGGGCCAAGCACUGCUGGAAGUUACAUGAGGCAGCAUAUCCACUUGGCAUUAUCCAAAGCAGACAGUUUGUCAUGUCACAAAAGGAGAAGCACAGGCAUUAUUAAUAAAUUGAGUGCUAACAAAUUUAGCAUCCUAACUUUUUUUUGCUUGUGCAUGAACUGUACUGUGCCGAAGCACACCUCUUCCAUGAGUGCCAAGGCCAAGGAAGUGUACCGUGCUUGGGCACAAAUCAGAGCACUCACACUUAUCAAAUGAACUGGACUUUAGGGGUGAAGCGUGCUUAGGCACGGUACGGAUAACCUAGGGUCAGAGCGCCCUUAAAAUACAAACUUAGGACUUUAGUCAUACUUUAGACAUACUGGUCAUACUUUCCCGCGAUGCAUAGCUGGAUACAACACAAUAUUUGUCAAAGUAAUAUACUGUAGGUAAUAAUGAUAAAGGGAUGUCUGAUCUAAUUGUAUUCACUUGUAGUUUUUAUAAACAGACAACCAGAACCUUAAACUUGUUCUUCUGAAGUAUGCCAAUAAAGAAAAGAACAUCAAAUGUUUUUACAUUUUUUCUUCAGCUCUAACUUAACAUUUUUAAGUAAUUCAUAAAAAGGUUUUCUCUGGUAUACAUGAAAUGUCAUCUAGAAAGGUCACCAGACACACUGUUACUUUCUUUAACAACUUUUUGUCUUUUAGUGUAACAAAAUACUUGAUGAAACUUAAAGGUCACAUAUUGUCCUCCUUUUCAACAAGUUUAAAUAACAGUACUGUGUAGUUUCUUGUUUUAAAUCCACUCUGAUCCUGUAUUUGAUCAUGUCUAUAAACCCCUCUAUCUCAGCCCUGAUCAGAACAGGCUGUUUCUGUGUCUGUAGCUUUAAUGCAAAUGAGCUGUGUUUGACCACACCCCUCUCUGGACGGGCUUGGGUGGCUUGGGCAUUCUCGCUCCAUAUUGUUUAAGGAAAGAAGGCGGACUCAGGGUGGAACAAACACCUAGCUUUAGGAGUGUCACCCACCUGGGGGAGGGGUUACUGCCCUUUGUGAUGUCAUCGAGGGAAAAUCUCCAAACAGCCUGUUUGAGCACACAUUUUCUGAAAAGUGGAGCAGGCAAAAAGACGGAGAGGAUGGACUUUUCUCAUUAUUGGGGGGUUUGUAGACUGAAUAGAGACACAUAUUAAUGUUAGAGAAAUCAUGCUGAAGUUUAUUUUGCAUAAUAUGUGACCUUUAAGCUCCAUACGAGGUAGUUAGUUAACUCUCAUGUCAUAAAAUGCUUUUUUAUGAAAUCUCCUUUUCUACAUAAAAGUUUUGAGUCAGAUGUAGAAUGCAGCUGAUUAUAAAUGAGCUCAGAGUCAUAGACAGUCAUUCAUGUACUACGCAUUUCCUGUGAAAAUAACUGUCAUAUUGUUUUCUGUACAUUGUUUCUCAACAUUAAUUCCUUAGAGAUGUAUUGCGGGAAAAAUGUUCAAAUCAUUCCACUGAUAUGACUUAAAGGUCUGCUACACUUAUUUUACUAGCCAUUCUUACUUGUUAUGCUAUAUGCACCUCAUCAUUUGGAUAUGUAAGUCAUUAUUUUCAGACUGGCAAAGUGCUGCAGACUUAUGAACCUCUUUAACAUCUGUUAAAAAUGUUCCUUCAGUAUCUCUGCGAGUGAGCUGGCUACAGUAUGACAUGCUCAUAAGGAACGCUGCACUGAAUGAACAUUACUUUAGCUCGGUUUAGUCGUUUAGUUUGAGAGAGUCCUGAAGUUCUUUGGUAAAUCUGAAUGGUAACAUUACCAUUGUAAAAUUGUUUAUAAAAUCAACUUUUUUCUUUCUUUGUUUGACCUUGUUAUUUAAUAGUUUCUUGGCCAUGUCUGAAUUGUGACCACAGGUUGUAUCAAACAUGGACUGGUCUCAGUGACGUCACACAUUGGUUUCUUAAGAAGACUUUUGAAGCCAAUCAAUCUCGGUCGCCAUGUUGGAAAUGCUGUCUCAAACUAACUUUUAGUCAACCCUGGACACAAACAAAUAGCUGAAGCCCCUCUGAGAUCAGCCUGCCCCUUUUUUAUGAAUAACUCUUAUCCUUUAUAAUAUCUAAACAGAUAGUUAUUGUUUUUGUAAAUCAACCCCCUACAGUGUGUGCACUAAAUAAUAAUUUAUUCAGAACAAAUGUAUCUUUUGAACAAGGCUCCAAACAUGUUUAUACUUUAAAAAUGGGAGUUUUAGAAUGGGUGUUUGUGAAUUGGAGGUUGCCGUUGAUUGCAACAAACCUGCAAGACAAGUAUGUAGAUCAACACAUGUUCAUUCCUUUCAGAUCAAACCUUUCAUUCAAUGGAUCUCAGCAUUUGUCAGGUGAAAUAUUUUGCUGUCUGUACAGGAAGUCACUGUGAUAAAAUGAAAAUGCUCACAAUGAAAAACAAGUCUUGAUAACACUCCUCACUGCUCAUCUUACCGACGAGUGUAGAAAAAAAAAAAAGCCUGUAGCUGCACAAGAAGAGGCCUCGAAAUAGCUUAUCACAGAUCUGAUGGGACAGCUCUCUCUGUGGGAAAUCCCUCCUUUGUGUCCAAAUACAUGUAACUUUGAUAAAUGUAGCUCUGUGCUCAAGAUGGAUUAAUGUCGGGUCUUUGUAGAUGAUAUAACAAUGAGUCAGGUCUUUUACCUGCUCUAUUGUAAAGUGUCUUGAGAUUUGAAAAUUAGUUUUGAAUUGGCGCUAUACAAAUAAAGAUUGAUUGAUUGA